AGCCCAGGCUAACCUGCAGCUAUGGCCCCCCUCACCCAUGCUUUUCUGCAGGAAUAGAAAAUUUCUGAAAAGACACAUCAGAAUCUGACAACAACACUGGGUUCUGUAAACCCGGCCAGAGUCGGAGUUUCAUCUCACAUGUUUGUUUUUGAAAACUGCCGAAUGCAAAAAUAAGAUCACAAAUAUCAUAAACACAAGGAAAUGUAACAUGUAAUAAUUAAAGAGCUUAUUUCUAGGAGUCAGUCUUGCACCUGCAAACCAGAAUCAAAUCCUGACUCCACCGAGGCAACCUCGGGCAAGUUCUGGUCCGCACUGAGGCCCCAAGAGUCUAAUCAGUUGUCUGGGAGCUGGCCAAGCGACGCGGCUGCAGCUCAGAGCCCCGAGGCGACGCGAGCCCACCUUCCCCAAGCCUGUCCCGGGCUGGGGCAGCGGGGUGUAGGCACCCCGCGGUGUGGACCCGGCCAAUCAGCAGUAGCGGGGCGGGCGGGGUGGCAGCGCCACGCGAGCCCGAGCCGAGCGCUAAGCAGAGGCGCCACCACCGUCCCAGAGCAGGCCAUGCCGGGCUCUCUGCAGCUCCUGCUCCUGCUGCUGUGGCUGUCGCCUCUGGCCCCGGGCCUCGGGCUCCAUGGCGCUGGCAGCCGUAGACGCCCGGAGUGUGGUCCGUGCCGGCCCGAGCACUGCCCGGUGCCCGCGCACUGCCCGGCGUCCGGGAUAGCGGCGCGCGAUGCGUGCGGCUGCUGCACCCUCUGCCUGGGCGCCGAGGGAGCGAGUUGUGGGGGCCGCACCGGGGUGCGCUGCGGUCCGGGCCUGGUGUGCGCCAGCCAGACCGCCGGGGCGGCGCCCGAGGGUACUGGGCUCUGCGUGUGCGCGCAGCGCGGCGCCGUCUGUGGCUCCGACGGCCGCACCUACCCCAGCGUCUGCGCGCUGCGCUUGCGCGCCCUGCACGCGCCCCGCGUGCACACCGGCCACCUGCACAAGGCGCGGGACGGCCCCUGUGAAUUCGCUCCUGUGGUUGUCCUGCCACCGCGGGACACUCACAAUGUCACCGGCGCACAGGUGCACCUGUCCUGCGAGGUGAGGGCUGUGCCCACCCCAGUCGUCACAUGGAGGAAGGUCUCACAGUCUUCUGAGGGUGCCCAGGUGCUGGAAGGCUUGCCUGGGGGCCACAUCAACAUAGCUGUGCAGGUGCGAGGGGGCCCGUCAGAGCAUGAAGCCACCGCCUGGAUUUUGAUCAGUCCCCUGAGGAAGGAAGACGCAGGAGUGUACCAGUGUUAUGCGGCCAACACCCUCGGUGAGGCCCAGGCCCGUGGCACCGUGACAGUUCUGGACCUAGGGCAAGACAAGUGGUUCCCCCUCCCUGUCCCCGGUGGCCACAUGUGAUGGGGGUCACAGGAGGAUGGAGCAGUCAAGGAAGGGAUCAUUUUGCUUUGUGAAGACCCGGGAGAGCUCUUUGUAGAUGACCCCUUUUGUAUGGUUUUUAAAAUUAGAUACAAAUUAGAUUCGUAUGCAGAUGUAGUUUUUAGUGAGGGAAAUGGAUGGAUGUACAUGUGGCCCUUCUGCUUUUGAAAUGAGAAUUUUGUUUUUCUUUUAACUCUUCCCUCCUAGGGAAGACUAUGCACUGGCUGGCAUGUAUGUCAUUGUAAAGGGUGGGAGCCAAGGCCCUGGCAGCUGGGGUGAGACUCUUAACCUCAAUGUGUG